UCACUUGCUGACUGUUCAGAUCUGGAGAAUCUUUUUAUGCAAUCCAAUUUUUUCCAAGGAACAAUUCCACCAAAUUUGGCUUCUUUGAAGAGCAUCCAGCAAUUAGACCUUUCAAGUAAUAACUUGACUGGUCCAAUACCAAAAGAACUUGAGAAGCUUCGCUAUUUGAGAUACUUAAACCUUUCCUAUAACGACAUCGAGGGUGAGAUACCGAACACUGGAGUCUUCAGUAUUGCAAGUCAAAUAUCAUUGACUGGCAACAACAAACUCUGUGGAGGCAUUCCAGAAUUGGAGUUCCCACCUUGCCCAGUGAUCAAGGGGAAAAACAGAGGAAAGCUGAAGGUUGUCAUAUUGCUGUCCAUUGUUUUACCAGCAACGCUUCUGGUUCUCGGUGUAUUGUUGUUAUAUUUCUUGGUACAUCGAAAAAGAGAAAGAAGAAUGGUGACAGGAUUCUCUAGCAUGCCUACAAGAGUCAAUAAGCUCUUGCGAAUUUCUUACCAUGAACUUCUUCGUGCAACUUCUGGAUUUUCUCCAGAAAACUUAAUUGGUUCAGGAAAUUUUGGAGCUGUCUACAAAGGAAGGCUAGAAAAACAUGGCAACAAGCUUGUAGCAGUUAAAGUUCUUGAUCUUCGAAAGAAUGGAGCUUCGAAAAGUUUUAAGGCGGAGUGCAAAGUAUUGAGAAAUAUUCGCCAUAGAAACCUCGUUUCUGUCGUGAGUUAUUGCUCCAGUAUUGAUUCCAAGGGUGAUGAAUUCAAAGCUCUAGUCUAUGAGUUCAUGGAAAAUGGAAAUCUGGACUUGUGGCUGCAUCCUUCAGAGACAACUGAUCAGGCAACAAGCUCAAGAAGUCUUAAUCUUCUUCAGAAGCUAAAUAUUGCAAUUGAUGUGGCUUCUGCAUUGCAGUAUCUUCAGAACCACUGCGAAGCUGAGAUUGUUCACUGUGAUCUAAAACCAAGUAACAUUCUUCUUGACAAUGAUCUUGUUGCUCAUGUGGGUGAUUUUGGAUUGGCAAGGCUUCUCCCGAAACCCGUCAACACUUCUUCCGAGCAAGAAGGCAGCAGUACUAUUGCCAUAAAAGGAUCAAUCGGUUAUGCAGCUCCAGAGUAUGGAAUGGGUCUUGCGGCAACAACUCAGGGGGAUGUCUACAGCUAUGGUAUUCUUUUGUUAGAGAUGAUUACAGGAAGGAGGCCAACAGAUGAUACAUUCGUGGGUGAUCUUGAUCUACAUAACUAUGUUAAUGGGGCUUUGCAUGAACGAGUUUCUGAGAUAGUGGACCAGUUGCUUUUUCUUGAAGGAGAUGAAAACAGAAAUAUGACUCCUGGAGGGAAAAAUAGCAAUGGUGGGAAAGAGAUGGACUGCAUUAUUUCCCUGCUGAAAAUUGGA